AUGGCACUGCAGUGCCCUCAUCAGCACGUGUCCUACGCAACAUGGCGUCUGCAAGUCAUUCGUUCUCUUAUCCGUUCCGAAAGCCAAAGUCUGGCUGCGCUCUCUCCCUCCCGUUCAGCAUGGUGGAAACGCGAUUAUAGGACGUCUCAAUACCUCCGGGAAGAUCGAUCAAACCAAAAUUCGGGUCGUUCAACUAGCGAGCCAAACCCCUCUGUCAAGCCUACUGUCAAGAAGUCUACUCCCCCGAAUCCUUUCGAUUCUGAGGGCAUCGAUCGUCUACAAGAUGCUCUUGCGGAGGUGAGGGUCUUGCACCAGCAGAGGGUUGAGAAAGAGCCCGAUCCCAGGAAAGGUCCGCAGAAAAGCCAACCAAUCAUCUAUGAAUCACCGGUCAAACGAAUACUUGAGAGAUCAGCAGCCCGGAAGUCUCACAAGAGACAGCCAAACCAGGAAGAGAAGGCAUCCUUAUAUGACAAUCUUUGGGCACGCAUUCUUGCCACCCCCAUCAGGUCAUGCUUCAGCAGCGGCACGAGAUUGCCCAUCGCUCUCUUAAGUGACUGGGAUGUCGUUCAAGAGCCAAAGACCAAGUCAAUGUACUUGAUGCCGACAGGAUUGGCAGAUCUGGACGGUAUGGAGAAGAACAUGGUAGACGCGGUGCGGAAGGAGGCAUGGAUACGUGAACCGAAUUCACGGCAAGCCCUCGAACAACGUGAUAUUACCUCUAAAAGGGAUGAAAGUGUCUCUGAGAAAGACUCCGACAUUGAAUAUGUCAAGCCUGAUAAGAAAGCCAAUCCCGUCCUCUCAUUCGCGAAAUCCCGUGUCUUCAUGUAUGUCAACUACCUUCGAUACCUUACAAUCAUGCUCGGUAAGCAACGACCCCCGACUGGGGAGAAACGCAACCAGGCAAUGGAGUAUAAUGCUGCUCGUCUGUUGCAUCCCAGGAAUAGAGAAAAAUUUGGGCUAGCUACUCACUACGAGCGCAACAGGGUGGACGUUGCUAUGAAAACAGGCCAGAUCGAGAAGCCACCUCCUGACUCUGAAAAAUUCCAAUUUCAGCACCUAAAGUGGCAACCAGAGAUCAGCGAACGCUUGACCAAUAUUUUGCAGAAGCGAGUGGUGGUUGCCUUGCGGGAAACGAUUCGAGUGCUCAACGAAUCUGAUCGAAAGCAGCACGAGCGAAUCGUGCUUCCUUUGGCCAUACCCAGAACUCGCUCACUUUCCGUCAUAAAGCGUCACGGCUACCGUGAAGCGCUGUUCGCUCAGCUCAAGGCUCAACUAGGCGAGACAGAUGGCAGUAAGCAGGUAGAAGGCUCUACGAACACGGCUACUUACCCUGAUUUCGAUGAACUGGUAGAAGGGCCACCAAUCCACGAAGGCCAAGCGCCACAACCUCCUCCCUCAUGGCUGGCUGGGAGUAUUCUACUGCACAUCGGCCGAGGCGAUAUCGAACAGCUUCUCAACUCCGAGAGCAAACCCACACCCGCAUCACCAUAUCUUCCUCCACUACCCAAGAAUAACAUGAUUCCAACAAUGAUACCAGUGGCUGGCGCUUACCGUCUGCCAGUCUUCUCUGUACAUCAUCUGUUCGCGAGGCCACCCAACGACACUCGACCCGCCCAUCCGGAAGCCAGUGCCGACCUCAGCGAACUAGCCGACAUCAUCAACACCUGCCCAUCAUUCAAUUUCGCAUGGCCACCCGUCAUGCCGGCCCUCCCACUGUACUCUCCCACGGGCGACGCCGCGCUCCAAGGCCCCGAAGACUUCCUGGUCCUCAUCAAAGCAUUCCCCGGCGGGCCCAAGACCCUGAUCGAAGAGAUCUGGCGACUGUGGCGAUACAUCGGCGGGCGCGCAUACGGCCACGAGCCCGUCUUCCACGACACAGCUUUCCGUGGAGACCCUGUCCCGGAAGAAAGCCUCGACGAGCCAGCCACAGAGAAACUCAACGUUGAUGUCACAGAGGAGCGACAGGUCGUCCCGCGCGCAGAGACACACGGUCCCAUAAGGAGUCUUCAGCAGCAACAACAGAAUAGUACACUGACAAGCGGCGCACCCGCAUCGUCCACACCACAAUUGCACUCUGCAUCACGACCAUCGAUGUCCUCCUCGUUCGGCCUCACCAUGUCGCGCAAGGAGUUCAAGACCUGGCUGGGUGACAAAUACCCCGCUGCGCCGGAUGCAUUGGUGCGUUAUGAGCCUUUGUGUAAAUAG